UUAUCUUAAAUCACACAAGUCUCUCUCUUAUAUUUCGAAACCCUAAUUUCUCUUUGCUUUCAAAACAAUGGCUGAAGUUGAGUACCGGUGCUUCGUUGGCGGCCUUGCCUGGGCCACCAGAGAUGAGGACCUUCAGAACACGUUCUCGCAAUUCGGCGAAGUUAUCGAUUCUAAGGUCUGUUACACGAGAGAUCGGACUCCCGGAUCAAGCCGAUUCCGAUGAUUCUGAUCCUCGACGGAUCUGUUUCCGAUCUGUGUUUCUCUGUUACUUGAUUCGAUUACUGUUACUAUGUUCUUUGUUACUGUUGCUUAUUUUGUCCCAUCGAUCAUUAACGAUCGUGAUACUGGAAGAUCAAGGGGAUUCGGAUUCGUUACCUUCAAGGACGAGAAAUCCAUGAGGGAUGCGAUUGAAGAGAUGAACGGAAAAGAGCUUGAUGGCCGUAACAUCACUGUGAAUGAGGCUCAGUCCAGAGGAAGCGGUGGCGGUGGAGGAGGCCGUGGUGGCGGCGGGGGAGGUUACCGCAGCGGCGGUGGAGGCGGAUACGGAGGAGGCGGUGGUUACGGAUCUGGUGGAGGCGGCGGUGGUUACGAGAGACGUAGCGGUGGUUACGGAUCUGGCGGAGGCGGCGGUGGCCGUGGUGGUCGCCGUGAAGGUGGCGGCGGUUACGGAGGAGGUGAUGGUGCCUACGGAGGAAGCGGUGGCGGCGGCGGUGGCUGGUAAUUGAAGAUAGUGUGGUUUGUUUCUGCUCUGUGUUUGGUUUAGAUUUGGUUCUGUGUCCCUCCUUUGGCUUGGUUUGAUUCUGGUUCGUUUGGUUUACUUUUUUGAUGAAACAUUGUCGUUUUAAAGUCGUCUUUGUCUGGAACGAAAUGUUAGUUCCCGUGUUGUUCACUAAAAUUAUAAAGGUUUCCCCCUAAACCAGAUUUCAUUUUUCA